AUGAUGGAGCCGGAGGAGCCGCCGCCGCCGCCUCAGCCCACAGACCUCUCCCAGACCGCUGCAGCUCCCACCGGCUGGCGAAGAGGGCCGAGCGGAAGGGCAGCCGCCGAGUCCUCUCGGCCCCUGCAGGAGGGCCAGGCGGAGGGGCGAGGCUCGACUCUCCACCGACCGGCAGCCGCCGCCGCCGCCGCCUCCCCGCAGAGUCGCCUAGCACCGUGCGAGGCCCGCGGCCGCGAAGGGACGCAGGGCGGUGAGAGAGGAGGAGGAGGAGGGUGGCGGGGCGAGCGCCGCAGACGCGUCUGGGAUCCUAGCACGCGCAGCGCUCGGGCUCCCACAGCCACAGCCGCCGCCGCCGCCGCAGCCCAACCCGCCGAGUGCGCGAGCCUCUGGCGCGGUGCGGGGCGAGUCCGGGCGCGAGCCUGCCGCCCCGCCGGCCUCGGGCGUGCGUGCGUGCGUGCGUGCGCGUGCGCGCCACCGCCAGAGCCUUCCUGGUUUCUUUCCCCCCACCCGCUCUCCCUGCUCCUCCUGGGCGGAGGAGAAAGGGGCCGCUCAGGUUUCGACGGGCAUCUGGAGGAGCCAGGAGGAGGCGGGACCGAGUUCCGGGUGCUGGGCCUCUGGAAAGAUGCUGUUUCUAAGCAAGCCUUUUCUCUCCUAAGAUUCAGAGUUUUGGAAGAAAAUCCCAUUUGUUCUGCAGGUGGUAUUCUGCUGAGGGCCAGUCGGCACUACAAGACAAAGCCCACUCAUGGCAUUGGCAGAUACAAACACUUGGUGAAAGUGCUAGAGCCUAAAAAGAAGAAGGCAAAAGUGGAAGUGAGAGCCAUUAAUCUGGGGACAGAUUAUGAAUAUGGUGUUUUAAAUAUCCACCUGAUCGCUUAUGACAUGACUCUGGCAGAAAGCUAUGCCCAGUAUGUCCACCGCCUCUGCAACCGGCUCUCCAUCCAAGUUGAGGAAAGUUACGCGAUGCCCACCAAAACCAUGGAGGUGAUGCGGCUACCAGCCCAAGGCAACAAAAUGGUCCUAGACUCAGUCCUUACCACCCAUGAGCGAGUGGUUCAGAUCAGCGGUCUGAGUGCUACGUUUGCAGAGAUUUUCUUGGAAAUACUCCAAAGCAAUCUUCCAGAAGGAGUCAGGUUGUCAGUGAGGGAGCACACCGAAGAAGACUUCAAAGGAAGGUUCAAAGCUCGGCCAGAACUGGAAGAAUUGUUGGCCAAGUUGAACUAAACACUGUGAGCCCUUUCAUGCCAUUAUCGGUCUCAGAGAAGUUCUUCCUGCUUGAUCAGAAUAAGCAGGAGAAUGAUGCUUAUACUGGGAAUGCCUCCUGUGUCUGUGACAUGCUGUGCUUGCCAGUUACCACUUACCUUAACAAAGCCUAGGGCAUUCUCCACCUAAUAAAAAUCUGCUGUAACCACUG